CAAGACGACACGGCAAUGGAUGGCGCAUUGCCGAUUGACGACGGCAUGCGUGCGGUACGGGAACAGCUGCAAGCAAUCCGUACGCUUGCGGUCUCUACGGAGGAAAAGGCGAGGCGCAUGCACGCCCUAAUGACGAGGGCAUACAUCGCGCACAAGGCCAACAUUGACGUGUCGUCUCCCAGUGACUUGCAAAAUCCAAGACUAAUGCUCCCUGCGGACCUUCAGAAUCCGUACAAUCUAAGACCUGGUGACCUCGAACCGACGUUCAGUCCGAUACCUGUUGCCCUGCCGGUAGUGCAUAGUGAUCGUACCGAAAGCUCGGAGAACGAAAAUGCAGCCGUCCUCGGAUGUGCUCACUACAAGCGGAACGUCAAGGUGCAAUGUUACGAUUGCCAGCGAUGGUUCACCUGUCGACACUGCCAUGAUCAAGCACCGGAUCUACCGUACGAGCACAAGCUUAACCGCAAGAAGACACAGAACAUGUUGUGCAUGCUCUGUUGCACGCCGCAGCCUGCCGCAGAAGUGUGCAUGCAUUGUGGCGAAUAUGCCGCAUGGUAUUACUGCUCGAAGUGCAAGCUUUGGGACAACGACAGCAACAAGCGGAUCUAUCAUUGUGAUGAUUGUGGAAUCUGCCGGGUGGGCGAAGGCUUAGGGAAGGAUUACGUGCAUUGUCGACGAUGUAAUGUCUGCAUCACUAUUUCCACGUCCGCCUCUCAUCCCUGCAUCGAGCGGGCGACCGAGGGAGACUGCCCUCUUUGCUUGGUACGGCUUUUCGAGUCGACCACAUCGGUUGUCAGCCUACCGUGUGGCCACUACAUGCACGGCGACUGCUACAAGGACUUAAUGGCUGUGACGUACAAAUGUCCAGUAUGCAGCAAAAGUGCAGUGAACAUGGAGCUGCAGUGGCGCAAGCUGGACGAUGAGAUUAGGGCACAGCCGAUGCCAGAGGACGAUGAUGACCUCGAGGGCCUUUUGCCGCAGAUCCAAGCCAACCCAGAUGCAGACGGUGUGUUAGAGGUGGCACCCGAGGCACGUCCACGACGGCCACGGACCGUGUACAUUGGCUGUAACGACUGUGGACGCCGCAGUUGGUCACCUUUCCACUGGCUUGGGCUGAAGUGUCAGGUCUGCGACAGUUAUAACACCAACCAAAUGGCUCCCACCGCGGUCCCGGAGACAGAUGCCGAACGGCUGAUACGGCAGCAACAACAGCAUCAUCUGCCAACAUCGCCGUCUCAGCUAGCCGUCAACGGCGGAAGUCGCGCACGCUCCGCCCAGUCUCCGCCCGGAAGGCGCUAUUUUGUCCAGGAAGAGGAGAGACGCCCAAGCUUCACAGCUCCUCGCUUCUCCACUCCUACACUGCCCACCCUGCCGAACAUGCCGACUAUGCCAACCCUCCCAACAUUAGCGAAUCUGCCCAACCUACCAGAGAUGCCGCGGUUACCACGAAUGCCGCGGGUUCCUAACCUACCGGACUGGCCCAACUUACCGAAUAUGCCUAACAUGCCAAAUCUGGAGCUGCCACGCUUUUCUCCUUACGAGAUGUUCGAUGCAGUGAGUCGCAGCUUGUCACCCAUGCGAUACUACCUCGCCGGCCUCGAUGUUGGCGAAGGCAGCUUCAGGCGGCGAAGCUCCGCUACUGCCGACCGCAACCGGUCGCCGACUAGUAUACACAGCGACCCCACGGGCACCGUGACCGUGGGCAAAACGAAACGGAAGCUAAGAAACCCGCAGGAUGCGGUUGCGGUCGAUGAUGAUGCCGUGGAGUUUUGGGGCUCGGAUGGGCAACUUUUAUCUAGUGGGGAAGAAGGGACGGAUGACAGUAUUCACGCUGUUAGGCGACGUGAUGAAUCGAGUAGUGAGAGUGAGAGUGACGAUGAGAUGAGGGACGCGGAGAUGCUUGAUGAUGACGACGAGGAUGGGGAGGGUGAGGAUGGCGAGGAGAUGGAACUCUUUGGACAUAGGUGAUUGUACACGAGCGAGCAACUAGGCUUCAAUGCAAGAACCGUCUUGGUAUUGGCUUCCGCCAACACCAAGACGGAGGUUGAACCGCAACGAUUGCGCUAAAAUUCAGUCACAUUGUAGCUUUACUGGGGACCGAAGACCCCUUGUACGCCAAUGACAGAUGUGGGUUGACCGUGGGUAUCGUGGUUGU